AUGGACCCGAAUGAGAUGCUCGCCAUUGUAGACAAAUUCAUCGCGGAAGACACAAAUCCUACCGAAAAAGAACUAUUUCAAUCAAGUAGCCAUGAUGACGUACUGCACGACAUCAACGAUAUCCAAUCAUUUCGAGAAUCGACGAAAAACAUGAUGAACAUGAAAAGGAUAGAAUCAUUUCUCACCGGUAUGGAACAUUUCGAGAAGGUGAUGAUUAAGCUUAAGCUCGAUCCACAACAUGUCGUAAAGCUGAUGGCAUGCGUCUGGGGUCCGGUCCGAUUUCUGUUAGAGUUUACGAAUCGCACGGAUCGAGAAUUAGACAGCUUACUAGACGUAUACGAGAAGAUAGGAGAGAAGCUUCCAUUACUGUACGAGAGGAUGUUUCUGGAAUACCCCCAGAAUGUGAAGAAGUCAUGGGAAGAUUUCGAAGAAAAACAAACAGAUGAGAAAACCAAGACGAAGAAGAAAGUUUCGGCUUGGAUAUCGGCCUCAAAGAAGAUGCUGCUGCUUCACAAGAAAUUUCAGGAUGCGCGAAUAUGUUCUGAUACUGGCCGUUGGUUAUUCAAGAGAUACAGCGAAGUCAGGGAUUGGAUGCAUGAAGAUCCGCCACCCAAUUCCGCCCUCUGGCUCCAAGGGAGUAGAGGAUUUGGUAAAACUAUCCUCUCGUCGGUGUUGAUAGACGAGUUGGAAGACUUACGUACCGGGAAGAAGAGAAAAGUGAUUCCGCGAGACAGCAAGAUAUGCUAUUUCUAUUGCGAAGAAGAAGGCACUGAUCAUCGUACUUACCUUGAUAUUCUCAAAGGAGUUUUACAUCAAAUGGUCGAAGUCACCGAAUAUCUUUUGCCUCUGUGCAAGGAAAAUAUCGAUUCAAGCGGAAUUCUAACGGACGUCGCAACGGCAGAAGCUCUCAUCAAGGCUUUUUUUGAGUAUAACACUCGGCAAUACAUCGUCAUUGAUGGCAUAGACGAGUGCGAAAUUAUAGAAACACGUAGAGCCGCAAAAUUCUUCAUGGAGCAGGUUACAUACUGCGACAACAUCAAGCAGGGGCGAUUGAGGGUGCUAUUUAUGAGUCAACAAAUUCCGGAACUAGCCAAAACCGACAUCAUGCCAGAGGGUGAUGCGUGUGUCGAACUCAAGGCGACGGACAAUGCAGAAGACAUCAGAACGUAUGUGAAGAAGAGGAUACCGGAUUUCUCUAAGGAACGAGAGACGGAAAGCGGUUUCAACCUUUCUGAAAGCGACAAACAACAGAUUGAAAGUAUUAUCUGUCGAAGAAGUGAAGAUAUGUUUCUCUAUGCCCAUUUGGCCAUCGAGUAUCUUCUAUCCCAGUUGACGAAAGAGAAGCUUAUAGAGAAAUUAACAGAAGAAAUGGAACCCAAGGAGCUCUCCCAGAUAUAUGAGAAGCUUUUGGGCAUAGUGAGGAGCGAGCUAUUUAAGCUGGGAAAGGGAGACGAUUCUCACUGGAAGAUGGCAACGCAACUUAUAGGCUGGUUGGUCUGCGCAAAACGUCCCCUCAAAUGGCACGAAAUGCAGUCAAUUCUGUCCUAUGACCCCGACCAGCAGAAAGUGGAUUUUGAUAACAAGAUGCUGAGACAGGCUUCCCAUAAAUAUCUUGGGUCUCUGGUACAUGUCCUUGAGGGUGGUCACAUCCGGAUUGUUCAUUCCACAGCACGGAAGUGUCUCAUUCAAAAUGCCCAUAUUAAUGAGCAGGCUGUCUACUGUGAUCUCGCGAUACGCUGCUUGCGAUACCUGACUCUAAUAAGUGCCUCCAAAGCUUAUGACGAGAAUGAGCGGAAAGAAAAAGUAAAGCUUGGCUGGUUUUCUUUUCAAGAUUACGCUUGUUCACAAUGGCACGGCCACAUUAGCACGGUAAUCUCGAAGUGUAGCGGCUUAUUGAAUGGCGACGCUGGUUGCAGUGAGAAAUUUGGUUCCGCAUUACAAGACUUCGUGGACCAAAACCGAGCGGAUCUCGCACAGGAAUAUCAUCUGGACUUUCGAGAUCAAAUGCCAGCCGAUCUCGACGGCUUCUCAACACUUCCGUUCUAUCAAAACCUCUGCAUCUUGUGGAAUCACAUUUAUACUCACCAGAAAAAGGUGUUCGAAGUCCGGAACACUGUGGGUAUUGAGGGAAUUGAGAAGGCUAUGCUCGAGAAUAGAGCCUCACUGGAGGCCAACUUCGCCCCCAAUAAUAUCGCCUACCUCAAGGAUACGAUAUCGGAUUACUAUGGUCCGAAUCUGUUCAAAUGCAAACGCCUCUUGUGCGAUUACUUUCAUGUGGGCUACGAUAAGGAAGAGGAUCGUGAAGCCCACAACGAUCGACACGAUAGACCAUAUCAGUGUUCCUUACGGUGUAAUGCUGCCCCGAUCGGUUUCACUUCAAAGAAGGACUUGGAGAGACAUGUGCGGUUUUACCAUCCUGAACUGAGCGACGGACCAGCUGCAUUUGAGUCGUUGCGUCCCAGAACUGGGGCAAAGGAGUUUCCCUGCAGCCUGUGUGGUAAGAAAUUUACAAGGAAGAUCAACCAGGUCGGCCACGAGAGAAGCCAUUUUGGAGAGCGCCCUUUUAAGUGUACACACAUGGGCUGUGACAAGGCCUUCACGAGAUUAAGCGACUGCCAAAGGCACCAAAAGAUUCAUUCAAGAAUAGUACAAUAG